AGGCGUGCCAUGAAGCGGCCCGCACAGCUCUGCUGCCCAUUUCAGAACACCUGUGUCAUCACUAAGACCAACAGGAAACAGUGCCAGUCCUGCCGACUCCAGAAAUGCUUCUCAAUCGGCAUGAAGCGGGAAUUGAUCAUGUCGGAUGAUGCUGUGGAGAAGCGGAGGAUACAGAUCAGGAGGAAGAAGAUGCAGGAGGAGCCUGUAACGCUCUCCCCUCAACAGGAAGCUGUCAUCCAGGAGCUGCUCACAGCACAUCAAAAGACCUUCGACAUGACUUGUGCCCACUUCAUUCAGUUCCGGCCUUUAGAUCGGGAUCAGAAAUCCAUGUCUGAGUGUGGUCGAGAGCCAAACAGCAGCAGGUUCACUUACGCACCCAUGCACAAACCGUCGCCUGAAGAUGCAAUGCAGCAGACCAUCAGCUUUGUCUCCCCCUCGUUCCCUUCCUUCAGCUUUCAGAGUCCUGAAAAUAAAGAGAAGAAUCAACAUAAAAGUGCCAUCUUCACCUCUCUGCCACAUUUUACAGACCUCACCACAUACAUGAUCAAGAAUGUAAUCAACUUCAGCAAGACGCUUACAAUGUUUAGGGCUCUAAUCAUAGACGACCAGAUCUCGCUGCUGAAAGGCGCCACCUUUGAGAUCAUUCUGAUCCAUUUCAACAUGUUCUUUAAUGAGGUGACAGGUAUCUGGGAGUGCGGCCCGCUGCAGUACUGCCUGGAUGACGCCAUGCGAGGUGAGGGUCUUCACAAGUCUCCAUUAAUCUUAUAUAGACUCUGCU